AUGGUGAUAUGCGCAGGGGCAGCGGUGGCCAUCGGUGCACUGAUGAUCAUCGUGGCAGCGAUUCUGGCGGCAGUGUUCCCAAAGCUGGUCGACGUCCUGUUGAACCGAGAGAUCGCCCUUCGAGACGGUGGCCGUACGUUCAACUGGUGGAGGGAGCCGCCGGUGUCGCCUCGACUCAGCAUAUACAUUUACAACGUGACGAACGCCGACGAAUUUUUAAACGACGGCGAGAAACCGGCGUUGCAGGAGGUCGGCCCGUACGUCUACCUGCAGCACUGGGAGAAGGUCGACGAGUUGUCGGUCGGGCCGGAGGAGGAUCUGGUGGUUGUGCCAAACGUGCCGAUGCUGUCGGCUACCAGCCAGUCGAAGCACGCGGCGCGUUUCCUCAGGCUGGCGAUGGCCUCGAUCAUGGACAUACUGCGGAUAAAGCCGUUCGUCGAGGUGUCGAUCGGUCAGCUGCUCUGGGGCUACGAGGAUCCGUUGCUCAAGCUGGCCAAGGACGUGGUGCCGAAGGAGCAAAAGCUGCCGUACGAGCAGUUCGGCUUGCUCUACGGCAAGAACGGCACGAUGCCGGACUGGUUCACCGUCUACACCGGUCAGCGAGACAUCGGUAAAUACGGCAUGAUGGACAAGUGGAACGGAAAGAGCAACCUCGGCCACUGGACGGCGCCGGAGUGCGACGCGGUGGCCGGCAGCGACGGCAGUAUCUUCCCGCCGCCCAUCACCAAGCACACCGUCCUCAAAGUCUUUGACAAGGAUCUUUGCAGGGCGUUGCCCCUGGUCUUUAAGGAAGAGGUGAUCACCGCCGGUGGCGUUCCCGGCUACAGGUUCGUCCCGGCCGAGGACGCGUUCGCCUCUCCCGACAGAUUGGAAUCGCAGCGAUGCUUCUGCCCGGCCGGUCCACCCUGCGCUCCCGAGGGAACCUUCAACGCCUCCCUCUGCCAAUACGAUUCUCCGGUGUUGCUCAGUUUUCCACAUUUUUAUCUUGGGGACCCGACGCUUCGGGACGCGGUGACCGGGAUAUCGCCGCCUAUCGAGGACAAGCAUCAAUUCUACAUCGACGUUCAACCGAUGAUGGGCGCGUCGCUGAGAGCCAAGGCGAGAAUUCAGAUAAAUCUGGCGGUCAGUCAGGUGCGGGACAUCAAACAGGUCGCCUCGUUCCCGGACAUUGUAUUCCCGAUCCUCUGGUUCGAAGACGUGACCAACUGUCGUUGUUCUUUCCUCUUUCGACCGGACGACCAGGGUAUCGACGAACUUCCGGAGGAGAUGCGAGGCCUGAUGAAGAUGGCCGUGGAGAUGCCGCCGAUAGCUCGAGCAGCCAUCUCCGGGACUCUGGCAGCGAUCGGAGCGAUCGUUCUGUUAGGAGCGUUGCUGUGCCUGGCGCGUGCCGCCAAACGACAGGAGAAGCUGCACCUUACCAAUCCAUUGCCGUCCAACAACGUCACCGCCAGCAAGACCGCUGGUGGCCAGCUGAACCCGGCUUUUCAGAAUUCCUCCGGUUCCAAGUAG